AUGAGUUACCAGAAAGCUUCUCAAGAACCCUACCCUCCACCAGGCAUCAACAAACACACUUCCUUUCCACAAAAUUUCAGAUACCCUUAUCCGUAUCCGCCGCCGGGGUACCCAUCAGGUCCUCCACCACCGCCGCCGCCGCCGCCGCCGUACGAAGGGUACCCACCACCACCACCACCUGGGUAUCCUCACGGAUACGGUCCGCCUCCGCCACCACCCCCACAUGGUCCGCCUCCGCCGUACGAAGGGUACCAAGGGUAUUUCAAUGAGGGGUACCCUCCGCCUCCGCCUCCACAGCAGCAAUACCAGCAGCACUAUCACUACGACCAUCAGAAUUACCAAGAACAAGAUGGUUGUAUGUCUUUCUUACGAGGCUGUUUGGCUGCGCUAUGCUGCUGUUGUUUGUUGGAGGAGUGCUGCUUCUUCUUUUGA